AUGGAUGAGCGAAAACAAAAGAAAUGGCAAAAAAACGUCAACUCCAUUAGCUUUACCGUUCUCUUGCUUGUCCUCUUGAUGGCUUCCACUGGAAUCAUAGAGACCAAGGCUGCAUGCUUCAAGUUCUUAGGCGAAUGCAGGGCGGUCCCGUUUCUAGGUACAAAUACUGGUUGUACAAACUGUUGUGUGGGAAAAUUUGGGUCUGCAGUCUGUACUGGACGUGUUGAAGUUGAGUCAGGCGUGAAUCACUGCCAUUGCUACGGAACUUGGCAAAAAUUAACACUGCUUGCCCCUAAGUGUAAGCUUAUGUUGUGUGCAAUUUCGUUUUGUUCUUAA